AGUGACUAGAGACAAGAGUUGUUCAUACCAAUCUAAUCAUACCACUCUGUGUAUUCCACUAUUUCCAGCUAGGUUGAAGAAAUCAGAACUCUUCUAUUUACAGUUACUCGUAGUUUGAAAUUAUGUCUGAGCCAAUCCGGGUAGUAGUAACUGGGGCCGCUGGCCAAAUAGCGUACUCCCUGCUGUACAUGAUCGCCAAAGGAGACGUCUUCGGCCCCAAUCAGCCGCUCAUCCUCCACCUGCUGGACAUCCCUCUGAUGAUGGGGGUGUUGGAAGGGGUGGUCAUGGAGCUGGCCGACUGCGCCAUCCCCCUGUUGAGGGGUGUGGUGCCCACCGAUGAUCCCGCUGUGGCUUUCAAGGACGUGUCUGCCGCCUUUCUGGUGGGGUCUAUGCCGAGGAAGCAGGGCAUGGAGAGGAAGGAUUUGCUGUCUGCCAACGUGAGGAUUUUCAAGGUCCAAGGGGAAGCUCUGGAUAAGCAUGCCAAAAAAGAUGUCAGAGUUUUGGUUGUUGGCAACCCAGCAAACACAAAUGCAUUGAUUUGCUCAAAGUAUGCCCCUUCGAUUCCUAGUGAAAACUUCACCGCCAUGACUAGACUAGACCAGAACCGAGCACAAGCUCAAAUUGCAGCCAGACUUGGUUUGCCUGUUGGAAAUGUUAGCAAUGUCAUCAUCUGGGGCAAUCACUCUUCAACUCAGUAUCCUGAUGCAUCCCAUGCUGUUGUACAAACUGAUGGUAAACAACUGAAGGCUUCUGAUGCCAUCAAAGAUGACAAUUGGCUCAGAUCCGUGUUCGUGGAAACAGUUCAGAAAAGAGGGGCCACUGUGAUUGCUGCUCGACAAAUGUCGUCUGCUAUGUCUGCUGCUAAAGCGGCAGCCGACCAUAUGCGAGAUUGGUUCAAUGGUACUGCACCUGGACAGUUUGUGUCCAUGGGUGUGGUAAGCGAUGGCAGCUAUGGAACACCCAAAGAUGUUGUCUUCUCCUUCCCAGUUUCCAUCAAGAACGGCAAAUGGGAGAUCGUCCAAGGUCUAACCAUAGAUGACUUCUCCAGGAAAAUGCUGGACGCGACCGGCAAAGAACUGGAAGAAGAAAAAACCGACGCGGUCGGCAUUAUCGGCGCUUGACGGGCGAGCAAGCUUUAAACGGCCAGACUGGAAGAGAGCAAUAGGUUUUCGAUAGGUUCAGUAUCACAUGUCCUUUGUAAAUUGUUUUGUACAGUAGGUAUUCCGUUUCGUGUUAUCUGCCCGACGGUGUUUGUGAAGCUUAUGGGCUGGUUGGGUUUGGUUCUAGCAGGUUAAUGUCCGGACGAAAGAAAACUUGCCACAUUUCAUGACCAACUUCAUGAGAUAUAAUUUGAAGAAAUUAUACUUUUGGCUUUGAUUUCUUACACUAACAAGAUGAUCCUCCAAUUUCCAUGUAGAAUGUUCAAGCCAAUUUUGGCGCUAGCAAAACUCAGCAAAGUAUGGCUGAUUUGUCUAUACUGUCGGACAGUGUUGCUAGCAAAUCUAGUUUUGAGCAUUGGCGGCUCGUGACUUUCAUGACAGAGGAGGCUGAAUGAUAUGAGAUUUAUUGUGAAAAACAACUCUCUACCACUCAUCCAAAUCAAUAGCUUUAAUGACAUUCUGUUUACCAGUUAACCUGAACCUAAUACUUGAAGAGAUGUGUUCCUGUGAUUUGCAGUGUCUAUCCAAUCCGCGAGGCGAAUUUUUCAAAUCAUUAUAUCCUAAUCGCCCCCAACAUGAUGACUUAUUCGUUGAAAAUAAUACUCAGUACGAACAAAAUAGCUUAUUCCUUACCUCAGAUCCCGUCAGCCAGAUAUAUUUUUUAUAAUUAUCAGAAUUGAACGAACGAUUUUGUUUGUUACCUGUUACAAUCAGAUUUUUUAAUUCCGAUGUCGGACGUUUGUUUUUCACAAUCAAUUUAUCUUCAUAAGACAAAGCACUGAAUGGGUUCACCAAAAAGUAUUCCACUAAAUCGCAAUCGUUUCAAACACUCAUUGUUCAGAAAUUUAUAGAGCUACUAAGCAUUAACCUAACAUAAACAAUGCACUCGCGAUUGUCCGCAACUCGCGACGAGACACGACCACGACAAACACGUGUUAUUCGGGCAUUUGCAUUGCGCUCGUGGGUUGCGAUUUGUGAAGGAGUCUAGCCUCCUAUUGAUGUUGCCAAGUUGAAUAUUUUCAGGGCAGACGAAGUUUGGCUUCUUGUUAUGCCCAGUGCAGGCUCCGGUCCCCAGAACGGUGUCGCGGAUCCGAUUCUAGCCAGGUAUAUAAUGUAAAUUACUGGAAAACUUAUAGCUUCCUGGUAUUCCUAGGGCUCUAGCUAAUCUUGGAAUGUCAUUUUUCGCAAAUCGAAAUAGAUUUUUACAUUCUGUUUCAAAUAAAUUGUUUAAAUUGAUAUCUCUAUAUAAUUCCCUUCGAUUACCUAAAUUGUCGUUCCCAUUCAGUAGGUACAUGAAGGAUGAACAUAUUAUCUAGGUUAUCGUCACUCGUCACUACUAGCAUCGCUAUCAUUUGUAGCUUCGAAUAUCAAAAUCUCUUCCAUUAUGCAACAGGGUUUGCAGCAACAACACUGGAACGAUAUCCAAGCAAGCGAAUACUAAGAAAUCAAAACAUUUGAAUGGAAAAAUAGGGUUAAAAUGAGUCUGGUCUUGUAUCUUGUAUAUACGUACGUACCAUACGGUAGCUUCAACGCUACUUUUCAUUGAAUACGUACGUAUUUCUAUUCACGUUUACGUCCAUAUGUAAUUGCAAGUUUUUGUAUUGGCUUUAACUCCCUAAUAUCGGCAAGGUCGAAACGUAAUAGCUUGAUAUAUCACUAAGCAUUCAGGGGAUAUGUGUAGGUUCAUUAUGCGAUAGACAGAGCCAACUUACAGACAAAAAUGUAAUGAUAAUCAGCCUGGGUUCCACUUGCCCCAAAUCUACACUUACCACUGUGUACCUUACCAAAAUUGAAUAUGACACACUACAGUCAAUGGAAACAUUGUUUCUAUCUACUCACUGAAUCUAAAGUAGGCGUUGUUUCCUCAUUCAAGGUAACAAAAUGUUCAAUUAACUCUCACGGGAGAAAUAAAACAGGGAGUUAAAGUGCUGCCAUGAACGUUGACGUAAACGUAGAAAUUGACAGCUACGCAUGCGCCUUCCUCAAUUCUUCACCUCUGCCUUUGUAUAGUAGUUUCACGUAUACCUAAAAUAUAAACGUACGUUAACCGAUCGAACUAACACCAAAAUAUGCCGAUGAGUCAAAAUUAUCGAACUCUAUUUGAGGACAAUUCGUAAUAAUUGGAGAGUUGAAGUGCUGCCAUGAACGUUAACGUAAACGUAGAAAUUGACAGCUACGCAUGCGCAUUUCCCGUUUUCCCACGUUUGCAUUGGUAGUGGGCUUACGGGUGUACGUUAUUCUGUGUACGUUAUUCUGUGUACGUUCACGUACACCUUAAAUAUCAACGUAUGUUAACCGAAUUAUGCCAUUGAGUCAAGGUUGUUGGAAGUUAGGAUCUCCAAAGGGUUCUGCAUUAGGGAUUCCGUUCAUUUAAGCACGAAUGACUGUCCAGAUCGAAACAAACGACCAACUGAUGACUUCAACUCAAUUUAAGGACGAUUCGUAAUCGUUAUUUUUCGUACGUUAACGUCUACGUGGAGGUCUACGUACAAAACAGAACGAAUUAUGGAUUUGAGUUAUGGAACAGGAAUUCUGACUCUUCGAUUCGCGUUCAAGGCACUAUACAAACCGUUUGAGAUAGUGUCAUACGAAAACGUACC